AUGAUUAAACGUCGCAGCCUUGGAAUGGCAAGGAUCGGCGCUUCGCCGCCUCCUGUUAUUCAUGAGCAAUUUCGUAGUCCAUUGAUGGUGCCAAAAUCACCUGAAGAGGGCGCCAGGAGGAAAAGGAAAAAAUUGAUGAAGAUACAGAAUCCUUUCAACAGUGAAAGAGAAGACGUCAUAGAUCCACAACGACUGAAGCUGAUCGACCGAAACGCUAUGAUGACUCGAGAUGCGGCCGAACACGAGGCAAUGAUUGCUCGGCUUCUUUCCAGGCCUUUCACAAUACCACUGGCUGGUUACUCUUUAUCUGGCCGCGUUCUGGGAAUGGCUCGGUCCAGAAUGCGUGUCGCCAUGUUUGAUCCUUAUGCUGAGAAUGCUGUGGUCCAUGUUGUCGUUGACCCAGUUGUAGGCAAUAUUUUACGGCCACAUCAAAUAGAAGGGGUGCAAUUUAUGUACAACUGCGUUACUGGACGGAAUAUUGAAGGCAGCGGCGUUUUUUUUUACUCAGAGUUCGGCUAUCGAAUUUCUUUGAAACAUUCAGGUUGUCUACAUUUGUUCCCUGAAUCGUUCAGCAGGAAGUUUGACCCAUCGACAUCCGGUAAAAUGAAGGUUCUGGACUACAUCCUAGCAGUGACUCGAAAGACAUGUAAUGAUAAGUUUGUGCUGGUAUCGAAUUACACCCAGACUAUUGAUCAGUUCGUUGAGCUUUGCAAACUUCGAGGCUACGGCUACGUUCGUCUUGACGGGUCCAUGUCGAUCAAACAGCGCUCAAAAACGGUCGAGAAGUUCAAUGAUCCAGAGAGCAGCGAAUUUUGCUUCCUUUUGUCAUCCAAAGCUGGCGGCUGUGGUCUGAACUUGAUAGGAGCAAAUAGGUUAGUAAUGUUCGACCCUGACUGGAAUCCAGCGAAUGACGACCAAGCGAUGGCUCGUGUGUGGCGCGAUGGACAGAAAAAGAAUUGUUUCAUCUAUCGAUUACUGGCAACUGGAUCGAUCGAGGAAAAAAUGUUCCAACGCCAGACACAUAAGAAAGCCCUUUCGUCGUGUGUAGUGGAUGCUGGACAGGAUGUUGCUCGACACUUCAGUUCCGAUCAGUUGAAGGAGUUGUUCAAUCUCCAAGCAGAUACUCCCUCGGAUACGCACAUGAAGCUAAAAUGUAAGCGCUGUCUCAACGGAAUAGAAAGCGUCGAUCCACCAGAAGAAGCAGACUGCACAUCGGAUUUGGCCGUGUGGCAUCACUCACAGCGAGAUCCACGCAAGAUUGCUGAUCCGAUUUUGCGAUCCGUUUUCAACUGUGGUGUAAUUUCGUUCGUGUUUCAUCAGAAGUCUCACAAAGUGGAGGUGCCAAAGAAGAAACCCGUCGAGGAAGACGAGGAGUAUAAGCCCUCAGACGGGGAAGAGGAUGACGAGUAA